AUGACUCCCGAAACUCCCCUCGAUAAAGCCACCUACCUCGUAAACUCCCUCGAGAAAUACGGACAAGGCGACUACAUCGGCGAAUCCAUCAGUCAGCUUGAACACUGUCUACAAGCCGCGCACCAAGCCCAGAAAUCAGGCGCAUCCCCCGAACUAAUCCUCGCCGCCCUCCUCCACGACAUCGGCCAAAUCAUCCCCCUCUCAUCCACAAAGGAAGUCCGAAUGAACCUGAAAUCCAAUAACAGUAACAGCACCGAGAACGUCGGCCGAAUGGGCCACGAAACCAUCGGAGCGGAAUAUCUUCGUUCACUGGGUUUCAGUGAGAAGGUUUGUCGGUUAGUGGAGAGUCAUGUUCCUGCGAAGCGGUACCUUACCGCCACAAAUAAAGCAUACUACGAGACAUUGUCGUCCGCAUCGAAGAAAUCACUAGAGUUCCAGGGCGGGCCGUUUAAGGGCGCUGAGUUAGAGGCCUUCGAGACGGAUCCGUUACGUGAUGAGAUGGUCAAGUUGAGACUUUGGGAUGAUGCGGCGAAGGUGCAGGGGAUUGAGGAGAGUACGCCGAGGGCGGGGGAGUAUCGGGAUCUGAUUCGGGUGCAUUUGGAGGGGAGGUGUUAG